GUUCAAUCGGUUCAAAUCAAAAAUAAAAGUGUGUGUACCCCUUUUUCAAUUUCUUCAUCGAAAAUUUCGAUUUUGUGAAUUAUAAUUUUUUGUUAAUUUUUCACAACUAGCAACUAAUGGGGAAAGGACAGAGCAAAACUAGAACAGUGUCAUUUGAAAAUGAGUCGAGUGGAAUAAUUGACAUUAGCGAAGAUGUCGUUUCUCGCUUAAAAAAGGAUAUUACAAAAGAGAGGGAAACGAAGAAGGCAGAAAUACGAGAUGCACAAAUAAAGCAGCAGCCAGUUCAAGCUUCCGUAAUUUCUCCUCAAAUGCAGACAGUAAUUUAUCAAUCGGCUCCAACAAUAACAGCCAUGCAAGUGCGUAAAGAAAAGGAAGCAGAAUUGUCGGCAAAUGAUCAGUAUUGGGGAGAGCGUCUUAAGAAGCAGGAAGAUGAAUUUUUGAAAAACAAUAAGAUCCUUGAGAAAGAAUUCAAUGACACAAUUGCUGAAGUGAAGAACCGCUUUAAACAUUCAUCUUUUGCUAAUCAAGCUCCACCAUGUCAGGAGUUUAAGAGUCGAAUCAUAGAUUGUUAUCGCAAAAAUCCAACAGAAACGUUAAAGUGUGCUAAUGAAGUACAAGAUUUCAUGAAUUGCAUCAAUCGUGCUCGAGUAGCGGCAAUUGACGAUAAGAAACCAGCACCAUCUGCGUAGAAAUUUAAUUUAAUAAUUAUUGUGCUGCUCGUGUGCAAAUAAAUGUUUUUUGAAAAGUAAAUUUCACAUUUGAAUUUUUGUGAUUUUCUUUACUUAAGAAAUAUAAGCAUUUAAAAACCUUAAAAAUAAAUUUAAAUUGUAGCUCACAAUGCAAUU